GUUACGGAAAGCACCCCAAUUGUGGCAGAGGACUGGCUCUUCUUGUUUGACUUUCUGUUGCCAACCAGGCAGAAAUGUCAUCUCAUAACGCUAUAGAAGAAGAUGGACAUGAGAGCUGCUGCACAGUGGAGUCAAGGUGGAGGAUGUACGAGUCAGCUUGAUUGACAUGACACACCGAGUGUUGUGGGCAAUGGUGUCAUGUCUCCAGUGAUAUGGAUGGUUACCUGGUUACUACAGGCACAUUCAGCUGUGUGUGAUCUGCCUGCUCCAGUCAAUGUGACUCUCUCCUCCAGACAUUUUGUCCACCAGCUGAGGUGGGACCCAGGCUCGGGGUCCCCCAGGAGCGUGUACUACCGCGUGAUGAUUCUCUCUAGCAGGGUUGGCCAGUCUUGGGAGGUGGUGGCUGGUUGUGAGCACGUGGAGUCCCCUCUGGUGUGUAACCUGACUAAAGCAUUCUCAAGCCGCAGUUACACCUACUACAACAGGGUGUUCGCUGUGUCCGGGAACGAAGUCUCACCCCCGGGCAACCAAAGCGGCUUUAAACCCAUCGAUGGCACCCUCCUGGACCCGCCCGUGGUGAGUGUUAAGGCCUGCGGCAGCAAUCUGUGUGUGAACCUGAGGCCUCCUGUGGAUGGCUUGUGGGAUGUCUACGACAAGUUCCACUACAGUUUAAGCAUCAGAAGCAGCAGGCAUGGAGCUAAGUUCUCGGAGGAGAUGACGUCUCUGAAAGAAAAGAUUCUAAAUAACCUGGCUCCAGGCAGAGAGUACUGUGUCUCCGUCAGAAUAAGGGGCAGCGUGGAGAGAAGCGACAAGAACUCUUCCUACAGCCAACCACACUGUGCUUUCACAGCUGUCAAGUACAACGCAGGCGUAGAGCUUUCAGUGGUUUUGUGUUUGCUUGUGUUGUCUGGGCUGUGUACUUCUACCCUACUGUUCUGCACUGGAUUCAUCUGUCUGAGACAACACCUCCCAGAAGUACUGAUCUCAAUACAACACCACGAGGAGAGCCUAUACCCAGUGCCCUGUGAUGAGAAACCAUGUCCCUUAGUGCUUCUAGUGCCACCAUCGCCCCCUUCAGGAAGCACUGGGAAGGACACAGAGAGUGAGGAAGAAAGUGAGGCAGAGACAGAGCGAAGCAGUGGGGGAGGACAAGGAUACAAGACACGAGGGAUCACUGCUGGUCUGACCUCUCAUAACCCCCUCUCUUCCUCCUCUUCCUCUAGAGCAGAGGUGUUCCUACACCCCUAUCUAAGCACACGCUCUCUGGCAUAUCCUACUGCCACAUCCACAGACACUAAGGCCACCGCUGAGACGCAGUCCAACCGCCCUCACAUUCCUCUCUUCAUAACCAGCGACCAGCAGCCUGAAUCUCUGCUCAAACCUGACGGCCUCUCAAUGUCUCUAUCAAACAACCAUCCACCGUCUGGACCCUCACAAACCAGUCAGCUUACAGAGCCAGAUCAAUGUGCCUCACGGGGACAGGACUUGAGCUUCAGUCUUUCCUCCGAGAGGGACACAGGGAAUGCAGAGGGAUUACAUCCGGAGGAGGAGAGCUGCCUGGAUGUCAACCUGCUGUCUGUAACCCUAGGUAGACAUGAGGAGAUGAAGGAUCCAGAACACCGCUGUCUGGGGGAUCCCCCUGAGCCCACCACUCCCUUCCUGCCCUCUGACACCAAGUCUUGGGCCACAGAGCCUGCCAUAACACAGACGCACACUGAUACCUCUGAGGAGGAGGAAGAUGAGGAGUAUUUUGGUUACAUGAGGCGAUGAGACAAGUCAUUUGUUGCACAAUUAACCAUUCCAUUUAAUUGUUUUUGCCAGGAGGUUUUUUUAUUUGUUAAUGAAAGCCUGAAGUGGCUUCCUGUGGACAUUGUGUACUCUUCUGGCAUAAAUAUCAAGGUCCCAAGGAAGCCUGAAGUGGCUUCCUUGUCCUUCCUUUAUUUUUGUUAUAACAUUUAACGAGGCAAAUCAGUUAAGAACAAAUUCUAAUUUACAAUGACCGUCUACCGGGGAACAGUGGGUUAACUGCCUUGUUCAGGGGCAGAACGACAGAUUGUUACCUUGUCAGCUUGGGGAUUCGAUCCAGCAACUUUUCGGGUACUAGUCCAACGCUCUAACCACUAGGCUAUCGACUGCUCCUUUAUCUGCAUUAGGUGAAAAUAACUUUAUCUCUCCAUCAUAUUGCUUUGACUUCUCUUGUAUUUUCAGACCAGUUCAAAUUUAAAACAGAAGCGCCAAUGUAUUUGCCUGACUACCCAGACUCCUCGCACCGGCCAUAUGCUACGCCAGGCCCACGGACGUUAGUUUCUUCUCCGCAAUGAGUCUGGAUCCGAGUACAUCCCCAACAAUUUCUAGAAUGCAAACACUUUCUAACCAUUCUGAUUGGUCCCAGAAACUGAUGGAUUGGACCAGAGCCAGAACACGUGGAUAAAGCGGAGUUUAGAAAAUGUGUCAUUGGUUUUUGAUACUCUGAUUGGUUAGAGAUGAUCCAAUCGCUGAUGACUUUGUUUAGUACAACACCCCUCCUUUUGAUGUCACCACCAAUGACUUAAUUGAUGUCAGUUUCAGACUGAAGUAUGUAGCGAACGACAGAACAGCGGAAGUAUUUAGUUUGAGUCGGCGGCCAACCAAUAGUAUUGAUAUGGACUGUACUAAACUAUUGCAGUUUUUUAAAGUAUUUAGAUAUAUAGAAUUAUGUGUUUUAUUUCAUCAUUAAAUUGUUAGUUUUUCCCAAUUGCUAAAACACAAUUUUGCAAACUAGGCUGGUUUUAUCCAAAUACUUAACACAAUUCUCAAAACCACACACCCAAACUGCAAAAUGAAGCACUGCAACCAAAAUCACAUAUAGCAUUAUCAAAAUCAAACGUGAGCACGAAAUGGCACACAAUUCAUUCAUAUUACCAGAUUGUUGUCUAACCAACUACACACUGUUGGGCAUAAUGAAAAGCACUCUCAUCUUUAGUAUGCUUUGCCAUAAUACUAAAAUAGUUCAAAUUCUAGAAAAUUCUUCAGAUGCACAGAAAUAUUUGCAGAUACACACACACAUGCCGUUGAAACAUUUUAUUUUUCACCCAAAAAAGUCAGUGCAACAUAUGCACAGCAGAUAUAUUGGACUGAACAAAAAUAUGCUGACAAAAUAACAGUCAACUGAAAAAGAAAAUAGCAUAAAAAAAGGCAAGAAAAAGAAUUAGGCAGCAUCUUGCCGCACAGCUGGUUCUGGCCACAACGCCUCGUCCACAUCACAGGCUAUAUCUUCCCUUGCCAGACAUCGAGAGAAGAAGCGCCUUGAGUACCUUAUCCAUCCCUGAAUCCCACCCACAUCAAUCUCAUCACAUGCCUCUUCCAUAUCCUGCACAAGAGGCCUGCGCACACAGGGCUGCCGGUCCUAUACCUUCCACCGCCUGGCCGAAAAUAACUCUUCUAUGGGGUUCAGAAAUGGUGAGUAUGGUGGGAGGUGGUCAGCAAACCAGUUUUGGACUGGGGCUGCACGAUGAGAGCUCACGUUGUCCCAUACUACAACGUACCCGGGUUCUUUGAUGAUCUGCAUCAUUCAUACGCUCUGGUGGUAUGAGCAUGUUCUGGAGUCUGUCCUGAAAUGUGAGAAUAUGGGCUGUGCUGUAUGGUCCAAGGUUGGCAUGACGGUGGAGGACACCAUGCGUAUUGGAGAUGGCAGCGCACAUUGUGAUGUUCCCACCACGUUGGCCAGGGACAUCUAUAAUGGGCUGGAGGACACCAUGCGUAUUGGA